GAAAUUCCCGGAUCUUCAAUUUUGGAGUUAGGGUUUCUGGUAGUGAUCGGAUUGAUUGUUGUCGGUGUGUUUGUGUGGGGGCAAUUAGGUCUUUGAGAAGGUAAUUUAUUCACGAUCUGCUACUUGUGUGGGUAUUUCAGUGAGUUAUAUAGGUCACGCCUUUGAUUUGAAGUCUUAGGUGUGUGUUGUUGUGUUGAUGGCAUCGAAACGAAUUUUGAAGGAGCUCAAGGAUUUGCAGAAGGACCCUCCUACAUCAUGCAGUGCUGGUCCUGUUGCCGAAGAUAUGUUUCAUUGGCAAGCAACAAUUAUGGGACCUACCGAUAGCCCUUAUGCAGGAGGCGUUUUUCUGGUUUCUAUCCAUUUUCCUCCUGAUUAUCCUUUCAAGCCCCCAAAGGUAGCAUUCAGGACUAAGGUCUUCCACCCAAACAUUAAUAGCAAUGGAAGCAUUUGUCUCGACAUUCUGAAAGAACAAUGGAGUCCAGCAUUAACCAUAUCAAAGGUCCUGCUGUCCAUCUGUUCUCUGCUGACAGACCCAAACCCUGAUGAUCCUCUUGUGCCAGAAAUAGCUCACAUGUACAAGACUGAUAGGGCUAAAUAUGAGGCCACUGCUCGCAGCUGGACGCAGAAGUAUGCCAUGGGAUGAUGGCAAAAGAACCGCCGUGGCUCUUCUGAAAAAAAUGUUACUCCGUACUUUUCCGAUGUCCUUGGGUGAAAAGAAUAAGAGUGUUGGUAAGGAACUUUGUUUGUUUAUCUUUCUUAGACUCAAGCUUGGCAAGAAAGUUGGAUCUCUAACUUUGUGAAUAUCAAUUCUAAGGCUUUGGAAGGGGAAAAAGAAAUUGUAAUGUAUUAUUUGAUGCUUUGUUUUCUAGUGAAUGAUUUGCUUUUUGCUUAUUCUCUUAUCAAUUCAUAUAUUUUGUGAUAAUGUUAUAAA